GACCCAGAUAAUCUGCGCGGAGCGAGAAUCAAGUGUCAUUUUUCCCUCAGUCUACCACCGACUUUGGACCAAAAUAAAUACAAGCCGACGGAGUCCCGAUCCCGAUUGGAAUACACAGAGAAUAGGAUCGGUGGCCAGUUAUGUAGAUCUGCGCCGUUAUGUCUGGAACAUCGACCUCUGAACGCUCCAACUCCGAGGACAGCCCAUCUAAUCCCUGCUUAACGGAGGUGCUCAGGAAUUGUGCCAAUAUCCAGUCACUGGAGAGCUUGAACUACGAAUACAACGACGUGUUGUUGAGCGAAUCCAACGAGGGGAGGAAGAUGAUUACGCCGAAUCCGUACUCCUUUAGCGGCAACAUUUCCGUCAGCAGCUGUCCAAGUGAAGAUGUGUCAUUUACGGAAAGCAUCCUGGAGGACAACGGACGCAUUUCGCUGGCCUAUGAGAACCUGAAGACCAUUCCGCGGCGACUGGCCGACAAAUUUGCAGCGCAGACCAAGUUUCUCGAUUUGAGUCACAAUGAUUUCCGAAAUCUUAGAUUUCUCUCCUUUUUCGAGGAUCUGGACACUUUAAUUCUGGACCGCAACGUAAACCUGGACAUAAACACUUUUCCCUAUUUGCCGAGCUUAAGGAUCUUGUGGAUCAACAAUUGCGAUAUAGCGAAUAUAACCGACUGGAUACACCGCAUCGAACGGCAGUGUCCUGCGCUGGAUCAGCUCUCUUGCAUGGGGAAUCCUGGCAUCCGCACAGUUUUCGGAGGUCAGGGACCCCGCGAGUAUAUUCUACAGGUGCUUCCCCAGCUAAAAUAUCUCGAUGGACUUCCGACCAGCAGAAGUACAGUUCAUACGACGCUGUCUUCCUCACAAGGACAGGCUCAGGACUCCACCAGCAAUUCGGAAAAGCCACCACCCGCAUCCGCACUCACUUUCAAGGACAUCUUCCGGCCAAAGCAUUCCAGAAAAUCGCACAGCGGACGCAUGUACGGCAACGGCUCCUCCACAAAUUGAAGUAAUAUGCCGAGGGAGGGAGGGGUAUUCCACUGAUUGCAUUCUGUCCCAUUGUUGGACUAUUUUUAACCGUCCGCUGGAUUAUCAGCGCUGCCCUCGGUGCCCUGCAGUCGUCGAUUGCACCUACAGUGCUAUGCAAGUAAAUAUGCAUAUGGUAUUGCCAUGUGCGUAUAUAAAUAUGCAAUCGUAUGACGAUGGACAUUCAUGAGCCUAGUGAGAAUUAAUCUAGUGCAUUAUAGCAAUUUUUACAAUAAUAAGAGUCAAUGACCUCAACGAAUAGUCAAAUAAACAAAAGUAUAAAAUAGGUACCAUCUUCAGAAUAAAUGUUCUUAGUUUUAUUCUGAAUGUCGUUCAGU